AGAUCGUCUGGUGCGUCCGGCUCGUCGGCCAUGCGCGCGCCGCUCCUCGCCCUGGCCCUCGCCGCGGCCGCCCGGGCCGCCGCCCCGGCCCUCCGCGGGGCGGAGGCGCCCUACUUCGAGCAGCUGAGCGCCGAGCAGGACGCGGCGCGCGGGGACAGCAAGAUGGAAUGCGGGAGCGGCGUGGACCUCUGCGGCGUCCUGACGCUCUGCUCGGGCCUCGGGUCCGGCGCCUACGAGCACCCGGCGCCGAGCGUCCACGGCCUCUGGCCCGAGGUCGGGUCCUACGGCACGUCGCAGUGCAUCGCGCCCUUGGGGAGCAAGGCCGACCCGACGUCCGUCGUCGACUGCUACUCGGCGACGGACGACGACAGCGCGGCCAUCAUCUCCUUCGAGACGCACGAGUGGGACAAGCACGGCCAGUGCGCCGCGGCCAUCGACGCGGAGGACUUCCUCACGACGGUCUGCGACCUCGCGGAAAAACCGCUCGCGCUCAUGGCGACGACGCGGACCGCCGGCGGCUCGCUCGACGACAUGAAGGCGGCCGUCGAGCACGGCGGCUACGAGGUCUUCGGCACCGACGCGACGAACUCGCAGCUCCUCCUGUCGGCGUGCGCGUCGUCGGACAAGAAGUGGAAACUCGCGGCCGUCGCGGACUUCCCGACGGCGUGCGGCGACUGGGCCUUCAACUCGGCGAAGACGGCCAUCGCCUGAGCCCGCCAGAUCGCGGCGCCAUCCGCCCCUGCCCUCUCGACCGCGCCCGCUCUCUAAAUUUUUUUACCG